GACUAUUGAGGAAAUCAAUUCUCAAUUUCGGAAUCUAAUUUAGCCAUUCUCUCGGUCUCAUUCUUAUCGUAAUCUCUCGAGCGUGGUUUCCCCAAAGAAGGUGUCAAAAAUCCGAAUCUGCGAGCUCUGAAUUCGUAACCCUUGAUUUCUUCUUGAUCAGCGGAAUCAAUCUUCGAAAGAUCGAUCUUUGAGUAUGGGAACAAGAGGCAAUCGUGUGGGAGAAAGAUGGAACGAGAUGGGUUGUGAAGAAAAAUCGAGCGUGAUUGAGGAAGAGAUCAAAAGGGUUAGCAAACUUCCUUCAAACAGUGUUUAUGCAGUUCAUCGUCUCAAGGUUCUCAACAAAAUCAGCGAGCUUUUAUCUGUCCAAAGAACAUUGUCGCAAGAGAAGGAAUUAGAGUUGCUAUUCACACAGCUCUCUCUGUGAAAGAAAGAAAAAAAAAACCUGAGUUUUUGUAUGUAUAAUGAUUGCAGGUUGAUCAAUGGGGUUGUUUUACGAAUGGCAAUCUAAACUCCAAGCUGAUUCCUUAAGAAGUUGGUGUUUAUGGUUACACCAAAACAAAAGUUGGGUUUUCAUUGUAUGUUUUUUAGUUUUCCUUAUAAGGACAUGUGCGUGUGUGUGGCAUUUAGUGGUCUCUGUGACUGUCUUUUUAUAGAAACCAUCUGUUCUUUGACUGCCCAUUCACCUCAGAGAUUUGGACUAAUCUAGCAGCAGGAGUUCUUGGAAAUGAUUUCACCUGUGACUGGGAACAAAUACUAACAAUCUUAUCUCGUCGAAAUCAGAGGUUGGUGCAAAGCUUCAUGGCCAAGUAUCUACGUCAAAUCACCUUAUACCAUCUAUGGUGUGAACGCAACAGAAGGCGGCAUGGCGAUUCACACUCAGACCCCGCAACAACUGAUCAAAUCGAUUGGUAAAGGAAUGAAAAAUAGAUUCAACUCUAUUCGUCAACUUGGUGACAAAAAAUACGAAGAAGGUUUCAAAUUCUGGAUAGCUUAUAGGAUCAUAAACUAAAACUAAUAUCAUUGCACAAUGUAAUAGGUUUUAUUUUUUGGUUUUGAUUUGCUACCAUCUCAGAUGUAAAAGCGUUUUUCUUUGUAAUAAAUUUAACAUUUUUUCAAUAAAAAAUGUU